AUGAUGCAUUCUGCAUCACUCGAAGUAAAUGCGACCAGCAAACAUGGUUUAGAUUACAUAGUAUCCGAAGGACAAGAACCUCCUGUAGAGAUUCCUGGUGAUGUCUUUGAUCGACAACGUGUUAUGAAAGAUUUUCAUCAAUCUUUAAUUGAAAAACAAUGUGUUUUUGUAUUAGGAGUGGGUGGUAUUGGAAGUAGUAUUGCCAUGUGUCUUGUAAGAAUGGGUGUUGAUACUAUUCAUUUAUUCGAUCGUGAUUAUAUUGAAGCAUCAAAUUUAAAUCGACAAAUUUUAUUUAGUGUAGGUGAUAUUGGUCGAUCCAAAGUAGAAACAGCAGCUCAACAUUUGAAAGAAAUACAUAAUUUACGAACUAAUAUAUAUCAUUAUCAUAUCGAUGCUGUCAAAAAUUGGUCUUGUGUGGUCGAUAUAGCAAAAAAAUCAACAGUUAUCUUCAAUAAUAUCGAUUAUGGAGCUGUAUUUGAUUAUGCGAUUAAUUCAUUAUGUAAAUCAUUAGGUAUCAUCUACGUAUCUGGUUCGACAUAUGCUAAUAAUAUUGAUAUUAACUUAUAUUCGGGUUUAUUAAAUGAUCCAUGUUGGGCAUGUGGGAAUCUUACUAAUGAUUCAUUCAAGUUUACAAAUCAAGAGUUAGAAAAUUUCAAUGAUAUUUCAUCAUUUCUCAAAGAAAAGUGUUAUAUAUCAGGUGAAAAAUUCGAAUCUAUUAUAGAAGAAUGUUUGAAUGAAUUGAAUAUUGUAUCACCUUCCCGAUCACAAUUCUCGACAUUAUUUAUGCCUCUCUAUCAGAAAAAGGUACUUGAAUUAUUGUUACCUCAAUCUAUAGAGAAUUUUCAAUCGAUUGAGUUUAUUCCUAAAGAUAGAUCAUUUCCAACAAGAACAGUUGGAAGUUGGAUUGGUGUCUGUGUAUCAGGAUCCUGUUUGAUUGUUAAUACAUGGGUACAAUAUUUAAUCAAAAAUAGAAAUUUGACUUUCGAUAUGAAUAAAUCGUUUCAUAAUUGGAUGCAAAUCAAUUUAUCAAUGUUUGAUGGUGGUUAUUAUACGACUGGAUUUCCAAACCAACAAGACCUUAAUUGUCCCAUCUGUUCUAAUGUUAAGCAAAUAGCAGAACGAAAUUCAUAA